AUGCGCCCUGCCUCCAGCGGGUGGCGCUCGAGUCCGACUGAACGGCAGCAGCGGGCGGCGGGCACGCGCCUGGGGCGCGCGCGCCACCCCUCUCGCCUCCACCCAACUCCCCCAUUAGUGCACGAGUUUACCUCUAGAGGUCAUCAGGCAGGAUUUACGACUGGACAACAAAAGCACGUGAUUCGAAGUCGUACCCCAUAUUUGGGUGCCUACGUAGGAGGGAACCAAGUACAUGUCCCAGUCAUUUCCAUAAUUCAUCAUAAAUUGUGCAAGGGUGCUAUAGACGCACAAACGACCGCGAGCCACAAAUCAAGCACACAUAUCAAAAAACAAAUGAGCUCUUAUUUUGUAAACUCAUUUUGCGGUCGCUAUCCAAAUGGCCCGGACUACCAGUUGCAUAAUUAUGGAGAUCAUAGUUCCGUGAGCGAGCAAUUCAGGGACUCGGCGAGCAUGCACUCCGGCAGGUACGGCUACGGCUACAAUGGCAUGGAUCUCAGCGUCGGCCGCUCGGGCUCCGGCCACUUUGGCUCCGGGGAGCGCGCCCGCAGCUAUGCGGCCGGCGCCAGCACGGCGCCCGCCGAGCCCAGGUACAGCCAGCCGGCCACGUCCACGCACUCGCCUCCGCCCGACCCGCUGCCCUGCUCCGCCGUGGCCCCCUCGCCCGGCAGCGACAGCCACCACGGCGGGAAAAACUCCCUGGGCAACUCCAGCGGCGCCUCGGCCAACGCCGGCAGCACCCACAUCAGCAGCAGAGAGGGGGUUGGCACGGCGUCCGGAGCCGAGGAGGACGCCCCCGCCAGCAGCGAGCAGGCGAGCGCGCAGAGCGAGCCGAGCCCGGCGCCGCCCGCCCAACCCCAGAUCUACCCCUGGAUGCGCAAGCUGCACAUAAGUCAUGACAACAUAGGCGGCCCGGAAGGCAAAAGGGCCCGGACGGCCUACACGCGCUACCAGACCCUGGAGCUGGAGAAGGAGUUCCACUUCAAUCGCUACCUGACCCGCCGAAGGAGGAUUGAAAUAGCACAUGCUCUUUGCCUCUCCGAGAGACAAAUUAAAAUCUGGUUCCAAAACCGGAGAAUGAAGUGGAAAAAAGAUAAUAAGCUGAAAAGCAUGAGCAUGGCGGCGGCGGGAGGGGCCUUCCGCCCCUGAGUAUUUGAGCGUUUAAAGUACUGAGCAGUAUUAGCGGACCCCGCGUAGUGUCAGUACUAAGGUGACUUUCUGAAACUCCCUUGUGUUCCUUCUGUGAAGAAGCCCUGUUCUCGUUGCCCUAAUUCAUCUUUUAAUCAUGAGCCUGUUUAUUGCCAUUAUAGCGCCUGUAUAAGUAGAUCUGCUUUCUGUUCAUCUCUUUGUCCUGAAUGGCUUUGUCUUGAAAAAAAAAAAUAGAUGUUUUAACUUAUUUAUAUGAAGCAAGCUGUGUUACUUGAAGUAACUAUAACAAAAAAGAAAAGGGAAAAAAACACACAAAAAGUCCCCCUUUGACCUUGUUAGUGCCAAUGUUGUGUGUUGCACUCCAGUUGUUUAACUGUGCAUGUGAGUGGAAGUGUUCCUGUCUCAGUAGCUCCAAGCUGUUAAAGAUAUUUUUAUUCAAACUACCUAUAUUCCUUGUGUAAUUAAUGCUGUUGUAGAGGUGACUUGAUGAGACACAACUUAACUUGUUCGACAUGUAGUGACUAGUGACUCUGUGACGAAAACUGUGACUCUGAGCGGUGUGUCCCUGCGUGCCUUUGUAGGACCCUUUGCACGAACUCUGGAAGUGGCUCUUAUAAGCGCAGCUUCAGUGAUGUAUGUUUUUGUGAACAAAGUUACAAAUAUUGUCCAAGUCUGGCUGUUUAAGCAAACUGUGAUCAGCUUUUUUUUUUUUUUUUGUAUUUGUUUUUAAGGAAAAAAUACUGACUGGAAACAAAAAAUAAACUUUCUAU